CAACACAACGGAAAGUUAAUUCGAAACUAAACUAGUUGAUCAUUUAUUUACAUCUUAUUUUUGUUCUUUAUAUAUAAAUUAUCACAAUGUCAGCUUUUAAAGCUUUACGAGAUGUAAGCGUUAAUUUUGAGGCAGAGUUAAAGCGAGUUUCUACCGAAUUAUUCUCAGCCAAAAUAAGCGAAACUUUCGAAGAAUGUAUUGCUAAGAAAUUACGUGAUUUAUCGCUUUUAACAUCGAAAUUGAGACUGUUGAGAGCGAAACCAUUAUCUUUAACACCACAAAUAACGGAGCAAGAAAGAGAAGAGGAGAGUACUCUCAGCGAGUACGGUGAGACAGCAGUACUCCGUAUACUGGAGCAGCUGGUAGUGAAAUCGGCGACGCAGGCACAUGCGGUGAAGACACUUGUCACCGCUCCAGACCGGACACUGGACCCAGAAAUGGUAGUCAGGAAAGAAGCAAUUAUAUCAAGUCUCGCAGAGUACAGAACACAAGAAGCCACAGUCCAGCACCUGGACUCAAUGCUGAGGGAGAGAGAGGAUGAACUGGCUAGAGUGAGGGAAACUUGGGACGCAGAGGUCACAGCCCUGAGGGAUGCGAGAGGCCAAGCUAGAGGGCCCCAGACGGACAUCAGUGAUCCAAAUUACAAAAAGCUGACAGUAAUGGUGGAGAAACUAGAACUGAUGCGUUGCCUGAUGUCUCGCCUGGCCAUGCCCCGCAGUCGCGGCUACGACUGGCUGUCCGACCCGCAUCGGCUGCUGCGCGCGAUCAAGCUCGCCAGAGACGCGCACAGCGUCGAUGGAUUCCUGCUGGGUAGCCAGGGUUAGAGGUAAAUUAAAAACUGCCUAAUUUCAAAGAAUGUCUGUUUUAGGCCGGGUUUCCACGAGAUAGGCGGAGAAGAGUGGAGAUGUGCGGAAUUGACCAAUCACAGCGUUCGAGAGAACGAAAAACGAAGACGCUCUGUCACUCUCUCUCACGGUGAUUGGUCGAUUCCUGCACAUCUCCGUUCUUCUCCGCACAGCUCCGUGUCAAUGGAAACGCAGCCUUUUGUAAUGUUGUUUUGUUAACAGUGAAAACCAAGUAAGCGCGUUUUUGAGGAAUCGCAUUCAGACCUUGCAACGCCAAUUAUAUUGAGGGUUUCGGCUAAUAGCCGUACGAAGUCUGUCUACGUAGAUAUGUCUCAUUGGAUUCAGAUGUGUUUCUGUUGUAGUUUCUUGUCAUUUCUUCUCCUCAGCCGUAACACCUUGCGAAAUGACGUAAAUUCAAAAAUGUUACAUUGACCUUCAACAAGUUUAUCCAUGAUAAUUACGUUGAAUAAAUGAUUCUGAUCUCUGAUAGCAAAAGCUGCGUUCAUCGGUCGAAGCCUUCGAUAUAGAAUAGAACAGAAUAGAAAUAGUAUAUUAUAAAAUGACGCUACAAACAAAAACAUUAUUUAAAAUUUUCACAAAAAAAAAAUACAAAAAGUCAUAAGGUGGUGGUGGACGUCCCGAGAUAAAAAGGGCCUCAAUCAGCACAAGUCGCGGCGUGAACCACGACGCUGGUGUUAUGUGGACCCUGUUGGGUGAGGCACGAAUGUGUUGUCAUAGGCUUGAGCGAGGAGCUCGGUGGCGCAGCGGUAAACGCGCUCGGUUUGCGAUUGUUGAAGUAAAGCAACUUUCGCAGAGGCCGGUCAUAGGAUGGGUGACCACAAAAAAAAAAGUUUUCAUCUCGAGCUCCUCCGUGCUUCGGGAGGCACGUUAAGCCGUUGGUCCCGGCUGCAUUAGCUGUCGUUAAUAACCAUCAAUCCGCACUGGGCCCGCGUGGUGGUUUAAGGCCCGAUCUCCCUAUCCAUCCAUAGGGAAGGCCCGUGCCCCAGCAGUGGGGACGUUAAUGGGCUGGUGAUGAUGAGGCUUGAGCAUAUCUGCGGGCUUAUCACCGUAAGCGCGCGACUCUUUCUCGCCUCGACAUACGUCACCCGUCACUCUCUCACAGUACUGUAUAAAGAGAGACAGAUGAUCUCUGUCGCGGCGAGAAAGAGUCUUGGCUGGUCUUCUUAUACCAUGGUUUUUAUUAUAAGACAAUGUUUUAAGGAAGUAGAAAAUAAAAUAUUUUGUAAGAUA